CUUUUAGAUAGAAGUAUACAGAAACCCAAAUUAGCCAAUGAACGUUAUAUAAUGUUAUGGAAUGUAUUAGUUCCUUAUAGCUCGUUUAUCUAAGGUGUCAUCUUCAUAUAGCUAUCGAGUAUUCGGAUUUGUAAAGCUUAAGAAUUAAUCUGCGGCCAUGGCUGAAAGGAAAGCUGUCAUAAAGAAUGCUGACAUGUCAGAAGAGAUGCAGCAGGAUGCCGUAGACUGCGCGACUCAGGCCCUCGAGAAAUUUAACAUCGAAAAGGACAUCGCUGCCUUUAUGAAGAAAGAAUUCGACAAAAAGUACAACCCGACAUGGCACGCAAUUGUUGGCCGCAACUUUGGCAGCUACGUAACCCACGAGACCAAGCAUUUCAUCUAUUUUUAUCUUGGACAAGUUGCAAUCUUGUUGUUUAAAUCUGGAUGAAGAAAAAAAUCUCAGUGGUCUAUAACGAUGGAUAUUAUUUUUUUGUGUUUACAGUUAAUCUCUUGUUUUAGGAUCCAGCAGUUUAAGAUAAUAUACAAUUUGUGUGUACUAUUUUGUCAUUAAGAAGUUUAAUAAUGUUAUCAUAAUGGGUUUAAAUAAAUGUUGAACUCUG